CUCGCUAGCCCCCGUCCAAAGUGCAAGGCGCAGGGUACGAAGUACACCACACCAGAGGGCAGGGCCCACGGGCGAAGGAAGGUACCCCAAGUUAAGCAUCUCCCAAUCCCACACAACGCCCAGCACCCGGACAGGUCCAGUACGCAGUAGGGGACUGCUGGUGCCAGUUGCUGCUGAACACUGGUGGAGGGAAAACAAAGCCUCACCUCACCUCACCUCAACCUCCACACCCAAUCCCAACUCCCUCCACGUCCUCGCCCUUUUUUAUGCCCACGAUCGACGCCGGUCUCUUGUGCCUGCUUCUCCCCCCUCUCAACCCUCCUCUCGGAGUUGCCCAAUUGCGACGCAAAUUGAGCAGUUCCUUCUCGACAAGGACUAUAUCUGGGGGAGACUUUCGUUUCUCUCCCCUUUUUGCCGGGCCUAUUCAGCCCUCUUCGCAGACCCUCUCGACCAGGUGAGACACUUAGCCAUCAUCCUCCUUCCCAAUCUUCGCAUCGUCCUUCAGCCCUACACCUUGGACAUAGCAACACCACCUUCUCUCUUUCUUCCUUUGCGCUGCCUUUUCCCACUGCAUCGCACCUCCCCUUGUUCCCUCUUCGCUGCUUUGAUCGUCGUCGCCAACCACACGUCAAGCUGCGACUUGAAGCUAUCUGUCCUUCACACUGCUUCUCUCCCCCGCCGUUGACCCUAGGAAGCUAAUCGUGGCCGAUAUUGUCGUUACUGCAGGUGAAUCUGCUCAGAACUGUCGGGCCCGCUGCGGCCUCACUGUCUGAACAUCUCGACAAUCAAGGGUCAACGACGACUGCUCGAUUCUCGAACCCAACGAACCGAUAUAUCCUCCGAUUCCCGUCGCAAGGUGCGUAGUACCACUGAUUCACAGACUCUUUACCUCGCACUCAGCGGAGUGACCUCCGAUCAUCAGCGUACCGUCUGAAGUCGAUUUGUUUCUUCAUUUUCGAUUGCGUCUCGAAAUUCCGACCCGAACCACUCUGCUCUGAUGCACAAAAAUAAUAACCAAAGCGUUGGCUGACUUCUUCCUCGUAGGGGACUGGAGGUUAUUGGUAGCCAAGGUGGCACUGCUGUCGAAAGAACCCUACCUGUACUACCUCGACAGCCCACGGCUGCAAGAUGGUCGCCCCUAAGAAACCUCAGAGCGAGAUCAACAACGGAAACAAGUCCAACAAUAUGUCCUACAAUAAGAGGGAUUCGGCCAUGGGUGGUAAGGCUGACGGCAAGGGCCAAAACGGCGCUCGAUCUGGGUUCAGAACCGAUACCGCUAUCUCCAACAAUAGACCCGGCACCGAGCGAACCCUCCAGCCAUGGGUCCCCGACUCCAACGAUGGCAUCGAUGGCAGCUUGGAGAAGCCAUCUGGCAGUGGAGGAGCUUGGGACCAAUUCGCCGAAAAUGAGCGGCUCUUCGGCCUCAAGACCGACUACGAUGAGAACAUCUACACAACCACCAUUGACAAAAGUCACCCACAGUACCGUGAUCGCAUGGCUGCUGCCGAGCGCAAGGCUCGCGAGAUCGAGCGAAGCUUGGCCACCACGGCGCACGUUGCGGAGGAGCGUGUCAUGGAUUAUGUCACUGGCGGUGGUGACGACAAGGGUGGGGAUGAGGAAGACAAAUACAGCGGAGUCCGCCGUCAGGACUUCCCUCCUCUGUCGAGCCGCGAAAACAAGUACACGCCUCCUGCCAAGCGAGCACCCGCUUCGAAUGCGACUGUCGUUGGCGCCCCGAUUGACCCCGCGAUCAUCUCGUCGCAACUGAGAGCCCCCGCAAAGAAGCAGACCACAGUGAAGCCCGAAGAUGCCAAGCUUUUAAGCCAGCUCGUCAACAAGGGCAGUGUUACCCAAGGUACCGAGGCGGCGAAAGCCGCUGAUCCCAAGCCUGCUGCCCCCGCUACGAAGACUGCCCCGAAGCAGGAGCCGACUAAGCCGGCCGAGACGAAGCCUGCAGAGACGAAGCAGACCGUCGCCGCAAAGCCCGGCGACGCCAAGGCUGCUGAGAAGUCGGCUACUCAAGCUCGUCCCUCUGCAACUGCAAGCCGAACGAUCUCUCCUCAGGUCAAAGAAGGCGCCCCCGGAGCUCCGAGUGCUACUGCCACCGUCGAAGAAGACGUCUUGAAGUCGUUCAGAACGUUUGCCAGUCAGCAGCGGCAGAAUGCUGAAAAAGUUCGGAGCAGCAAGGCCAAGGCCGACAAGGAAGUCAAGUUGACUGAACUGAAGAAAUUCGCCGAUACCUUCAAGCUGUCAACUCCAGUUCCUACUGACCUGAUUUCCAUUAUCGCCAAGGACCCCGAUAAACAGAAGGAAAUCCAGGCAAAGGCUCUCCAGAACGCGGAAGAUGUUGCUCGUACCAAGACGACACCUACUCUCAAGGGCAAGGACGCUUCAUCAAAGGAGGGUGCAACAAAGCCACCUGCUGAUGCCCCGGCUGCUCAAGCCGCCGUUGAUACAAGGAAUGCUACUCGUCCGGCGCCAGCUAAUACUAUUUCUCCCUCCAAUGUGCCCAACCGUCAUCCCAACGCUCGCCAGUCUUACGCCAGCCCCCAGUACCACGCCCAAACGUACAGGAACGAAAGAUCUGGCCAACACAUGGCGCAACAGAACCGUCAGCCCUUGGCCCAGCGCCUGCGCCACGUGGAGCAGCAGAAGAUGUCGGCGCCUCCCAACCAGCACCCUGGUGGCCCUGACAUGCGGAUGCCGCCAACCGGCCCUGCGAACAACACUGAGGCUUUCCGGCGUGCAGGCGGUGUCCCGAAUCACCUUGGCGGGAAGUUAAACCCCAACAGCCACGAGUUCAGACCGAACCCCUUUGCGACGUCCUUCAACCCGAACGGACACCCCAGCGCGGGUUCCAGUCCUCGCUCUGCUGCUGCCAACAACGCCCCAGAGACAGCAUCGACCCCGGCGUCAGCUGGACAGUUGAUUCGUCGGAAGACGAAGGCAGUUGAUGUGAAGAAGUGUUACAUCCUGGCACACGUCAAGACAUUCACGCCACCCCAGGGUCGGAACUGGGACGACAACGACGGUCUGAGACCCUCAUACGACACCCCGCCUACCUGGAGACAGCCUUCGGACAACGAGAAGUCGGAUUCCACGAUGAAUAUGACUUCCAAGGAGUUCUUGGAGCGGCAAUCAUUCGCUGUGUCGUCAAUUGCCACACCGAACCACACUCACGUUGUGCCCAGCGUGGCUCACCAGCAUCAACUUCCCUUUCAUCUGCAGCAACCUGCGCACGGUAUGGGCCCGCGUCAGUCACCACACAUGCCACCCAUGCCUAUACAGAACCAACAUGGACAUGUACCCCAUACACCAUACCAGAAUAUGGAUGACCACCGGAUGAUGCAUUCCAACUCGGCCCAGUCCUUCGCUUCGCCGCGUAUGGCACAGGUCCCCAUCACUUACAACACGCCAGCCAUGACCUCGGCGGGUCAGGUGCCCUACAACCAGCCUAUGAUGCAGCCCUACGGUGGACCGGCUACACCUCAGAUGGGUGGUUACCGGAACUUCUCCCAAAAUCAUCAAUACGUGCCGCAGCAGCCUGGUGGUCCCAUGGGAGCACCUAUGAUGCCUCAAUUCAUCAACCCCCAGGGCAUGGUGCCGGCACCCGGCCAAAUGCCAAUGUAUGCUGGCAACCACCAGUUCAUGCCUCCAAAUGGCGCGCCGCCUCAGCCGAUUCCGGGAGCCAACGGCUAUCCCAGUCCGGGACGCCCGUCAGCGCCGAUGAUGGUUCAUCAAGGCUCGCAGCAGGGUCAACCAGUGUAUGGCAUGAGCCCCAAUGUGCAGUACCAGCAGCCUGCGUACACUCCGCAGCAACCCGGCGGUCAGGUUGGCAAUGUGCGUGGGUACAAUAGUCCCGGACCUCAACACUUUGGAACGAGUCCCUCUCAGAUGCAUCAAUACGGUGCACAGCACCGCAGUGGAAGCAACAACUAUGGAGGCAAACCGUACAACAACCAUGGGCAGCACCAGGGUCCUCAACAGGUUCCCUCAGCACCUGCGAACGGUCCUGGACACGCUCCUGGAGCUACCGAAGAAGCCAAAUGAGAGCUCGACGAAACCACCGAGGCAUACCGAUAACGCCAUGGAAAAUUAUUCCAACACAUCUCAGUAUCUAGGCCCCUUUAGCGUUGAUGAAUAACCACUUGAUCCGCGAAGCUUGGGAUGGAUGCUGCCAACUUGGAUGUGCCAGCAAAUACAUAAAGCAGUCCAUGGAAACCUCUGGAGCGGCUGUCGAGGAGAUAUCUCCGAGGGGGCUAGCAUUCGGGGGAAAUCAGUCACCGAGCUGGAGGGCAGGGUCGGACUUGCUGUAUGUAGCGUUUGCUGAACUGGAAAGUCACGUAUAGGUCAGCUUGUGGUUGGAGAAGACAGUCCCAAGGGUUCAGAUGACGCAUGCCUGAAUGAGCGGGACUGUCAUGCUUCACAAGCGGAUCACGGCAGAGGGUCAAGGGGGAUGUGAGGACGUCAGUCAUGAUCCAAACGCAUAUGUGAAGGCCGGGUGUGUCGCGGUAGCUAGGUAGAGCUAGUGACGAGAAAGAAAAGCAUAGGAGUUGAACAGUGUAGGCC